AAAAAAAAAAAAAAAAAAAAAAAAAAAAAAAAAAAUUGAUCACGGGGAGUUCCAUAUAUAGGCCUAACAUAUAAUAGCUAUUUGUUUCCAUCCAAUAACUUGCCAAAAGUUUUGUCAAUUAGUUGUCACUAAGCAGCUCGUAAAACUUUGAUUUUGCUUUAAAAGUUAAGAAAGUUAGUUUUAAAAACUUACAUUCUUUAAAGUUUAGUGGGGGUUGAUUUUUUAUUUUUUUAUUUACAGUGAUUACAGCAUGAAUUUUCCAUUCAUUGAUUUUAAAUACAGUCCUUAGCCUGUCCACCUAUACACACCUAAUCUCCUCUAAAAAGGAAAGUUUUUGACGCAGGGCCUCUUUGUAAGAAAAAAAUAUAUAUAUACGUUUAUAUAUAUAUUCUAUUGUCUUCAUCUUCUGUGUAGCUACUGUAAGGAAAAUUACCUUUUCCUCUUUUUUCCCUCGCUAUCAUAUUCAGCUUUUAAUACGGCUGUCACUCUCUCCAUUUUUCAACAGUGCAGCCUUAAUAGUGUACUCUGAUCUACAGUAGAUGCAAAUUAUUAAGAAACGUCUCCAAGCCAGUUAUUUGCAUUUAACCAAAUGAUGAAGGCUUCACAAGCGAAACCAUGUGAAGGGUAUGAAUAGAGGUGCGCGAGCUGACCAUAAGCUACAUAUGACUACUUAAGUUUUUAAAUCUUCUCUCUUCCUUUGAUAUAAUGAACGUGGUAUGAGUUCUGCUGGAAUAGGAAUCAAAAUUGAAGACCUGAGACAACUGGCAACGCUCGGCUAAAAUUAUGAUGGAGACAGAGUAUUCCAAGAGAGUAUACCAAGGUGUCAGAGUCAAGCACACGGUCAAAGAUCUUCUUGCAGAGAAGCGAUUACGACAAACAAAUGCACCCCGAUUCAGCACAAGCAGCAGUACCUCUCAGCCAGCUUUUGUGCCAAUGCCCGGGUCACACGUGCUUCCUGGUUACUACAGUAUGCGAAGAUCCUUUCUCCCAGACUCAGAGCUCUGCCAUCCCAUGAAGCAGUACUCAUCACCAGACACUUACUCUUCAGCACUGGGAAGCAAGGCCUUUUCGUACGACCACCCCUCCACUUACCCUUCCUUUAUCGACAGCUACUACACUCCUGAUUCAUAUGGAGAUUACAGAGGGCCAACGUCUUAUACCACCAGCGGAGGGUCACUGUUUCCACCGUCUACACUACCAACACUACUACCAGCCCUGUCUGGAGAGUCAUCGUCACACUUGCUCUUGAGAGACCCUUGGGAUCAGCCGUCAGAGGACCCAGUCAGUCAGUCAGAAGUCAUAUGUCCUGAGGGUCCAGCCCCCGUGGCAGACUCACCAUCUCUGGGAGGGCCGGACUCUGGCGGAUCCUCUCCAUACCGUCUAUCCACGGGGCGCAGCGGGAGCUCCAUCCCACCAAGCUCUCAGCCUUAUACUCUACAACCCCUGGAAGAUGUCCCCUACCCAGCAGCAUCCUACACCUCUGCCUCCAGCUACUCCUGCCCACAGUACAUGGUGACACCUGGAGAUCUGGCUGUGGUGAAGAUGACAGCCGUCACCUCAGAGGAGGCUAGUGGUGGAGUGGUGUCUCUCAGUGACACUACAUCCUGGGCUAAAGAUGAUGGAACUGGCUCCUGGUUGUCCUAUGAGACUAGGAGGGCUUUUUAAGAGGCUUAAAUGACAAUACAAACAUUGUGGACUAAUCAUUUGCAAUUACACAGCCUCUCUAUUCUUAUACAGAAGGAGAUUUAUAUACAUCCAUCAUAAAGAUGACCUCCUCAAGAAAUGCUGAUCACAAUACAACACAAUUUUUAAACUUGAUAUUGCGUAAGGAUACAACAAAAAUAUGUGCUGAUAGUUUAGUUAAUUCAGGUUUUCAUUAUGCAUUUUAAAUGUCCAAGCGUUCUAGGAUUAAUUAGAAGCAAUGCUCGCUUUUUCCCUCUUUCAUACAUUU